GAGAGAGCGGCUGUUCGGCUCCCUUUCCCUUCCCUUCCCCCUCACCCUGUCCCGUCCCUCGCAGCUUCCUUCCUCCUGUCUUGCCAUGGAUGGUGUUGUUACAGAUCUUAUAGCAGUCGGUUUAAAGCGUGGAUCUGAUGAGCUUCUUCCUUCUGGUAUCACAUACGGGACUCUUACGAUGAGCAAUCCUACUCCUGCUACUGCUAAUGGGAAUGACAACAAGAAAUUUAAAGGCGACAGAUCUCCCUGCUCACCUUCUCGAGUUCUUCAUCUUCGUAAAAUUCCAAAUGAUGUCACUGAAGCAGAAGUAAUUUCUCUAGGUGUACCUUUUGGCAAAGUUACUAAUCUCUUGAUGUUGAAAGGAAAAAGCCAGGCUUUUCUAGAAAUGGCUUCAGAAGAAGCUGCUGUUACUAUGGUGAACUACUACACUCCUGUUACACCUCACCUUCGCAGUCAGCCUGUUUAUAUUCAGUAUUCCAAUCAUAGAGAACUUAAGACUGACAAUCUACCCAACCAUGCUAGAACUCAAGCUGCAUUGCAAGCAGUGAAUGCUGUGCAGUCUGGAGGCAUGGCCCUCACAGGUGCUCCAAUGACUGAGAGUGGGCUGCCUCCUGGUCAGAGUUCGGUUCUUCGAAUUAUUGUGGAAAAUCUCUUCUAUCCUGUUACUCUAGAAGUGCUAUAUCAGAUCUUCUCCAAGUUUGGAACAGUUCUGAAGAUCAUAACCUUUACGAAGAAUAAUCAGUUCCAGGCCUUGCUUCAAUAUGCUGAUCCUUUGAAUGCACAGUAUGCCAAAAUGGCUCUGGAUGGUCAGAAUAUCUAUAAUGCCUGCUGCACUCUUCGCAUUGAUUUCUCCAAGCUAACAAGCCUUAAUGUAAAAUAUAACAAUGAUAAGAGCAGAGACUUCACACGUCUGGACCUUCCUUCAGGGGAUGGGCAGCCUUCACUUGACCCUAAUAUGGCUGCUGCUUUUGGUACUCCAAGUAUCAUCUCACCAUAUGCAGGGGCAGCUGGCUUUGCUCCUGCCAUUGGCUUCCCCCAAGCAGGUUUAUCGGUCCCGGCUGGCGCACUUGGUCCUCUUGCAAUUUCCACCUCUGCAAUGACUGGGCGGAUGGGUCUCCCAGGAGUUACAGGAUUACCUGGAAAUUCUGUGUUACUUGUUAGCAAUCUUAAUCCUGAUGCAAUCACACCAGAUGGGCUUUUUAUCUUGUUUGGUGUUUAUGGUGAUGUCCACCGUGUAAAAAUCAUGUUUAAUAAGAAGGAAAAUGCCUUAGUUCAAAUGGCAGAUGCAACUCAAGCCCAACUAGCCAUGAAUCAUUUAAAUGGACAAAAACUAUAUGGGAAAACACUCCGUAUUACACUCUCAAAGCAUCAAACAGUACAGCUCCCUCGUGAGGGUCAAGAGGACCAGGGUCUAACUAAGGACUAUGGCAAUAGCCCUUUGCAUCGCUUUAAGAAGCCUGGCUCCAAAAACUUCCAAAAUAUCUUCCCACCGUCGGCCACUCUUCACCUCUCCAACAUUCCGCCUUCUGUCACAGUGGAUGACCUGAAGGAUCUUUUUGCUGGUACUGGGUGUACUGUGAAAGCCUUCAAAUUCUUUCCAAAAGACCGCAAAAUGGCUCUUAUCCAAUUGGGCACUAUGGAAGAAGCAAUCCAAGCCCUCACUGAGCUUCAUAAUCAUGAUCUUGGAGAAAAUCAUCACCUCAGAGUUUCCUUUUCUAAAUCUACAAUCUGAAUCUGAUGCAUUGAGGAGUUCAACGCAUUGCCGUUAGUUCCAGUAAAAACUUUCAGGCAGAGACCAUAAUAGGCCAAACCAAGGCGGCAUCCUUGAACAAUGAAACUUGUGUGCGUCAUGUGUAAUUCUGUACUUUGUAACAAAUCGUGGGUUUACCUUUUGCUAUAAUGGCAAAUGGUCCUACACAAAAUUUUCUGUUAAUAAUCUUACCUUUAGCAGAACCCUUUUUUUUGGGGGGGGGGUGAUUUCAGGAACAUGGUCUAAGCUUUUAUUCCCAGACAAUAUUUGUGUUCCUUGUCAAACAAUGUGCUCGAUGGAAUGUUUUAAAAAUAAUUUUGACAAAUUAUUUGUCAGUUACAUCCAAAAUAUUUUGGUGGGAAUAGUUUUUUUUUUUACCAAUUAAUGUUUUAAUCAUUCUCUAUUGAAAAUAUUGGAGGAAAGGCAGUGCCUUAUUUCUCCUUGGAGUAAUGUAAUGAUAUCCAAUAAAUUCUGUAACCCACACAGA